GGAGAGAAGCGGCUCUUCGAAGCGGGCCGCGAUGUCCUGGACGCUGUGCACACCGUCUGCGGGGCCGCCCGCGAGCUGCGCCACCUCGACCUGCGGCGCUUGCCCUUCACACUAGACGACGCGCUGGUGCUGCAGGCAGCACGCGGCUGCCCCGAGCUCCGCAGCCUUUUCCUGGACAACAACACGCUGGUGGGCGGCGUGGGGCCGAGCUCGGUGCUCGAGCUACUGAAGGCCUGUCCGCGCCUGCGCGCUCUCGGCCUGCACCUGGCCAGCCUGUCGCUCGCAGCCCUCGAGGUGCUGGCUGCGCCAGACCGCUCACCCUUCUCGUUCCUGGCCCUGCGGUGCGCGUGCCCUGAAGAUGUACGCGCGUCUCCUCUGCCCGACGAAGCCUGGGCCACUGUACGCCGCCGCCACCCUGGGCUAGAGGUGGAGCUGGAGCUGGAGCCCGCGCUGCCGGCCCAGAGCGUGUCACGCAUCCUGCAGCCAGCAGUGCCAGUAGCUGUGUUGCGCCUUAACCUCUCAGGCGACAUCGUAGGUCCGGUGCUCUUCGCUGCGCGCCACUACGCCGCAACCCUGCGUGUGCUCGAGGUGCACGCCGCCCCCUCAGCCGGGAUAGACCUCGCCCUGCGGGAGCUGGCGGUGCGCUGCGCGGGCCUGCGCGAGGUGCAUUGCUUCUGCGUGGUGAAACCCUUCGUGCUGGAUGCCUUCCGCGCGCACUGCGCGCGCCUGCGCAGCUACACGCUUAAGCUAACUCGCGAGCCGCAUCCCUGGAAGCCCACACUCGUGGCGUGAUUGGACGCACACACAUUCCCAGCUGACUUGAGGCUUCUGAGACGCUGAAUGCGGUUGUCCCGGCGCGCGCCAAUUGUUAGUCUGUGUCUUUGGGAUUCUUUCACCUCCUCUGCCUCUGGGGGAUUGGGUCCUGUGGGUUGGCGUCGGGACCAGUCCGGGGCGCCCCGAGUCCACUUGACGCUUUCAACCUUUGCAGACCCGUACUCUCAGCCAUACUGGGUUCACCCUCCCACCAACGCACUCCUCUGCUGACUCUAAGCCUGUGCUCCAGCGUAGAGGGAGGAGGGAGGGCGAAGGCGAGGGCCAGUCCUGGGGGUGAUUGUGAAAUAAACACAUCGUGCAGUGGCGCUGCAUCCUGUGAAAGGCGCGGUCGCCUCUGAAGGCUGGUGGGAACCCUAGCAGCCAGCGGAGCAGUCUGGGCAGUUGUGGGAGGGCUUGAGUCCUCAAAGCCCUCUGUACUGAAGAGGUUGUGUGGGUCACGCGAGGGCCACUCCGCACCCUUGGAGUGACACGCCCCAGGGUUCAGUGGGAGGGGGGCCCAGAUCAAACCCUCCUCCCCCAUCCUAUCUGCCCACCCACGGCACAUCGCCUUCUAGGAUUUUCCCAACCCAAACCAGGCCGCGCACGGCAGAUUUCUUCCCAAGAACAAAGGAGGGAAUAGAGUCUGAGAAGGAUGACAUUCGAGUCCAGGUCUCCCUCCGCGCUCCACGCCACACACAUCUGACCCAGCCAGCAUUCUGCCUGCUGGAGCC